AUGAUAUUUCAUGUGUUUCUUGGCUAUUAUAAGAAUUUAACUUUUUAUUCGACGUCACCUAAAGGUAUUGAAUGGGUUGUUCGAAAUACCAUAAGGGGAUCCAAGGCAUUACCAAUUUACCAUGAUGAUGUCUCGGUCAUUUCGAAGCGAAAGGUUAGGGAGCCUAAGGAAGAAAACGUGACCCUCGGACCUGCUACCCGCCCGGGAGAGCUUGUGUUUGGUGUUGCUCACAUUUUUGCUUCUUUCAAUGACACCUUCAUUCAUGUAACUGAUAUCUCUGGACGUGAAACCUUGGUUCGCAUCACAGGUGGGAUGAAGGUGAAGGCUGACAGAGACGAGUCUUCUCCUUAUGCUGCCAUGCUUGCUGCACAAGACGCCUCCAAUCGAUGCAAGGAGCUUGGCAUUACUGCUCUAAACAUUAAACUGCGGGCAACUGGAGGUAACAGAACCAAGACGCCUGGCCCGGGUGCCCAGUCUGCUCUAAGAGCUCUUGCUCGUUCUGGCAUGAAAAUUGGGCGUAUAGAGGAUGUCACCCCGAUUCCAACUGACUCCACCCGCAAAGGUAAUGGUAGAAGAGGAAGAAGGCUGUGAUUCGAGUCUAUGAAACUGUGGCAU